CUGGGAGGGGAAACAUUCUAGUUGCUCUGUCCCCACCUUUUUUUAUAACUUAUUUCUGUUGUCUUUUGUAUUGUUUGUAGCUCCAAACUCUACCAGAAUAAAAGAGUUUUCUAAAAUUUCCGCAGUGGGUGUGACUCUGUGUUCUCUCUGGGUCUGGGUUGUAGAAAGCUGGUUGCUCAAACAGGAGUUAUCCAGCAACUUCCGGAUGCUUUCUUAUCCUUGCACCUGGACCCUCCCAAAACACUUUGCCCACUCUAGACUAAGAAGAUAGGGGGAGCUGCUAUUUGUAACAUCUGGGGGAAGUUGCUGCCAUUGACCAUUGAAUUGUUUUGCCUACCCAUGUCAGGGAUGUGGUUUAGAAGAUCCUUUAGCGAGCUUUUAGUGUCAUUAGCCCAGUCCUGUGGAACUCUCUCCUACUAGAGAUUCAGCGGGUGCCUUCUGUGCCAACUUUCAUAUGCCUGCUGAAAGCUUUCCUGUUCCACCAGGCCUAUGCAGGCAAUUAAGAAUACACCUUUCCACAAUAGUCAAUUGGUGUCUGUUUUUAUCUUCUUAACAUGGCUUUUAUUGUUUUUAAUAAAUGAAUGAAUGAAUGACCUUGUACUUUCGCUCUAGCAUGCAUGCUUCCCAUUCAGGUUGGUGGGAGGUGGUCUUCUGUUCAGCUCUUGGGGAGGAGAAAGUGAAGCGAGAGGCACGGUCACUCCUUGAAUUAAGCCCCUUCCUGUGUGAUUCUGCAGAGGGCAGCAGCUGUGGUCUUGUCUGUGGUGUGAGCCUGGUUUCCAUGGGGAUGAGGGAUUCUGUUGGCCACUGUUGCUACGGAAGCUGUCCAGUGACUGUCCCACACCUGCUGCAAGGCCAGGUGGAAAAGGGUGCACAUAAAUAAUUUGGGCACUGGUUGGUCCUGGUUCUUGGUCCUGUCCUGGCUUUUCCUUAGUGACGCCUUCUCUGAAAGACAGAGGCAGUCUUUAGAAGGAAAGGAAGUCGGAUUCCUAAGGGGUAAGUAAGAAGCUGCAAAUGCUUACCAUGGAGUUCCAGCCACAGUCUGUGACAAGGGUCCUCCCUCUUCUCCCCAGCAGUUCUUUUCCAGGAAGGAGAAAGGGCCGAGGCGCUCCCUGAAAGACCCAGCAGGAUGGCCAAGGCUAUACUCAAGGGCCCCCUGCUCCUCUGGCACUGCAGCUUUGCCAGAAGAGAGAGAAACCUCCCUGAGCUGCUCAAGGAGAACAAGUACUUCCCGUUCCAAGUGCAGCAGCCCAAAGUGUUUGUGAUGGAGUAUUACAAGGACAUGAUCUGGAAAGGACUGUUGAUUUUCCUGGUUUCUUUGGUGAUCAGCAUACUUCACUUCAAAUCAGCACGGGGUUCCCAAGACUUCACAGCUUUCUUUGUCUUUGGCAUGUUGACCGGACUCUGGCUGACCAUCAGCAACAUCCACAAGCGCAGGCUGAUCAUCAACCACGUCAAGGAGGUGUACCAGUUCUACAUCAAAGGCAUCCUCUGGCAGGAGGGGCCGCUGCAUCAGAUCUACGUGCGGCUCAUAGCCCAGUCCGAUGCCUCCGGAAAACGCUACUACAGCCUCAUUAUCAAUGGAUACCGCCUGGAGGUGCUCACUCUGGCUGCGCUGACGGACCAGUUUGAGCUUCUCGAUUCCGUGGGGCGCCGCAUCGCCCGCAACCUCAACCUCAACUUCUUUGACUAUGAGGACGUCUCCACGCGCCAUGUCAUCAGACACGCUCCGCCGGAGAGGGACGACGACGAAGACGAAGACGACGAAGACUACGGGGACAACAUGAGUGUGUGA